GCCUGCUACGAAUGAACCGUCCAGGUGACACAUAAACAAGCAAACGUCAAACGGGGUACUUUUUACUUUUGAACCGAAAUUCCACGUCUCUUCAAAGCGGCGACGGAGGAAGAAGUUUUUCUCGAAAAUUGAGAUCGUUGUUUUUAGCUUUAUUUUACCUUAUUGCAACAUGACACAGUGAAGGAAACGAUGCACAAAAAACCAGCAAUUCAUCAGUGAUUUUAAGCGAGUGGAUAGAUAGAGUUAAUCGAUAGUAUAAGCUUGAGGAUUUGAAAAUGACUACGAAUGCUAGCAGCAGGGUACUGCUGGCGGUGAUGAUGCUGGCAGGAAUGCUAUCAUGUGUGGCAGGUCACGGUUGGGGUUCGGACGAUAUGGAAAUCUUCGAUCUGGUCGAGGAGGUCAACGAGAACUUUUACUCGUUGAUGCAGAUCAAUCAGAAUGCAACAAAUCAGGAGAUCAAGCGGGCUUUCCGAACCUUGUCGGUGGUACUGCAUCCGGACAAGAACGACGCCGAGGAUGCCAACAUCAAGUUUCGGAACCUGGUUUCGGUAUACGAGAUAUUGAAGGACUCCGGGAAGAGGGAGAAAUACGACAAGGUGCUCAAGGAGGGUAUGCCUAACUGGAAGUCUGCGCUGUAUUACUAUCGACGAAUGCGGAAGGUUGGUCUGGCUGAGGGGUUAGCCAUUGUGGUGCUGAUCAUCUCGGUUAUCCAGUAUGCUACGGCUUGGGCAGCGUACGCUGAGAAGAAGUAUACGGCGGAACAAAUCUUCGGCAGUAAGUUGAAGAAGUUGCAGAAGAAGAACAAAACGAACGUUGACAUGGACACGAUAUUAAGCGAGAUUCCCACGCCCAGCAUAUGGAACAUUCUGCCGUUCCAGAUACCGGUGUGGACAUACAAGACCAUCACUGGAACGCCCGGAGCGAUCAAGUCAGCGAUGAAUUUCUACGCCGAGCAGAAGAAGGCUGAAGAGGAACGGAAGCAGAUGGAGAAAGAGGAAGAGGAGUUGCUGCGCAAACAGGAAGAAGAGCGUGCCAAACUGAAGGAAGAUCGCAACCUCCGCAAACGGAACAAGAAGUUCGUCGCUCCGGAAAAGACCGACGAGGAACUCGCUGCCUACACCCAGAGUAUUAUCCAGCCGUCGGCGAACGACUCCAACAAAACCAAGCCAAAGCCCUUAGUUAGCGGUGGUCUCUGGACCGAGGACGACCUCACCGAGCUGGUCCGACUGGUCAAAAAGUACCCCGGCGGAACCACCGAUCGAUGGGAAAUCAUCGCCGAAAUGAUGGGUCGAGCCGUCUCCGAGGUGACCUACAUGGCGGCCAAGAUGAAAGAAACCGCCUUCAAGACGCCCGGCCAGACGGAAAGCGUCGCGGAGACCAUCAUCCAGGAAGCCACCAAGCAGAAGAUCAAGACCAAAAAGACUGAACCAGGAGCAGCGGCGGCAGAGGCCACCGCCAACUGGUCGCAAGCCCAGCAAGCCGCCCUGGAAUCGGCGAUACAGAAGUAUCCCAAGAGCGGCUCCACGGAUCGGUGGCAGAAGAUAGCCAACAGCGUGCCCGGAAAGACCAAGGAAGAGUGCAUGACGCGGUACAAGUACCUGGUGGAGCUGGUCAAGAAGCAAAAGGAGGAGAAGGAACGGGAAGCGACGGCGACGGCGGCUGCUCCGGAAGAACCGCAGGAAUGCCCGGCGGCUGAGGAACCCGCAUGCGAAGAACCAAAAUCGAAGUCAAAGGGAAAGAAGGCAAAGAAGCAGGAGGCAGCGGCGGCGGCGGUGGAUGAAAAUGACUUGGAGGCGGAGGACGAUGCAGCUGAUAAGCAGAAGGGUGGCAAGGCGAAGAACAAGCGACGCGAGCGGAAGAAGGCCAUCGAGUACUACAGCUACGAAGAUUCGGACGAAGACGGUGGCGGCGGCAGCGAACCGGGCGAGAUUUAGUCUGAACUCGGCGGUCGUUAGGUUUAAGAGCGUGUGAAAGCGGUGAAGCGCGUGUUCGGCUGUCGGUUCCGUUCGGCACCAUGAAGUUUAGCUUUGGGUUCUAUGGCGAGCGCAGAACAAGUGUGAGUUUGGAAAUAAAAUGUCGUUUGAUUGCCUCGAAA